AUGAGCAGCCCUGACGCGGCAAAGAGCAAGUUCUACGAUGAUCUACAUGCCCUCUUGGCGACUGUGCCGAAAACGGAUAAGUUGAUUGCCCUUGGUGACUUCGACGCCUGCGUCGGCACAGACUGCCGCAUGGAGAGGAGUGUUGGAUCACCAUGGUCUUGACGGCUCCAUUGACAAUGGCCUGCUCCUGAGAACCCGUGCAGAGCAUCGCCUCAUCCUGACCGACGCCUUCUUCCGCCUUCCAAAGCGUGAGAGGACUAUCUAGAUGCAUCCACGAUCGCGACAGUGACACCUUCUGGAGUAUGUCUUCAUUCCGAGGCGAUAACAACGGGACAUGCUGGUGGCAAACGCGAUACCGGGUGCUGAAGGGUGGACUGACCAUCGCCCUGUCAUCUCCAAGAUGAAGGUCCGCGUACAACCACGCGGGAGAGCUCAAGAUAAAUGACCACCAGGUAAGUUGAAUAUGAUUUGUUUCAUGUGCCUGUUCACCAUCUCCAUUUCAGCAACGAACUAGCCCUGCGGCCAGCCAACCUUCCAGUCGCCGCCGCCGGCGCUGACGAGAACGCUGCCGUGGAGAACCGAUUGGGCCAACCGAGAGACCGGAAAAGAAACCGCCAACUCUGCAACAACCACAGAAGAAUUUCGUUGUUGAACAUUGUCGGGAAAAAUCUUUUCUCGCACCCUUCUUAACCGCCUUAACAACCAUCUGGGUCAGGGUCUCCUGUCGGAGAGUAAGUGGGGCUUCCGUCAUCUUCGCGGACCGCCAACCAUAGGAGAAGUGUCAGGAUAUGCGUAUUAACCUAUGCUCCACCUUCGUGGAUCUGACGGGAGCCCUCGACACAGUGAACUGAGAAGGACUGGAAAAUAACGCAAAAUUUCGGCUGUCCCGAGUAAUUAAUUUAGAUGUGCGUCACGACGGCAUAGCGGCAAAAGUCACGGACAAUGGAGCUGUCUCAGAGGCAAUCGCGGUAGCCAACGGAGUGAAUCAGGGCUGCGUCCUCGCGCCUACCCUCUUCAGUCUCAUGUUCCCUGCCACGCUGAUGGACGCCUAUCGUGACGAACGCCCCGGGAUCUGCAUCGCCUACAGGACAGACGGCCAACUUCUCAAUCAGCGGCGGAUGCACUUGCAGUCGCGUGUAUCCGCAACAACUGUCCACGAACUUCUCUUCGCCGACGACUGCGCUCUCAACGCCACCUCCGGAGGGGACAUGCAAAGAAGCAUGGACCUCUUCGUCGCCGCCUGCAACAACUUCGGCCUGGUCAUCAACACGGAGGAGACGACGGUUAUGCGCCAUCCGUCACCCAACACUGCCUACACUGCACAUCAAAUCAACGUGAACGGGCCCCAGCUGCAAGCCGUGGAAACCUCCACUUAUCUUGAUAGCACCCUUUCUGGCAGCACCAAAAUCGACGAUGAAGUGGCGCGCCGAAUUUCAUAG